AUGAGCGUACCUCCAAUUACAGCGUUACCUUCACUGGUAACGCUCGAUCCGAGCGGUCUGGUUUCCAGUACCGCGUACACCGAUGUCCAACGGGCUUCAAAUGGUACGACGAGUGCAGACGAGUACAAUCUCGGCUUGAGGAGGAGUACCGAUGCAAUGGAAGGCAAAGAAACAAGCGCACCAUCAUCGCUACUAUUGCCAGCCACUUCACCUCUCCUAGCAUCGUACAGUUCCCCGGGAAAGAAACCAGUCCAUUCAAAUGGGGCCUCCCACACUCACAUCGCUUCCGGAACGUCGGAGUCGCUCCGGCCGAAAGGACACUACCGUUCGUCUUCGCUCGAAAACAACCCAUUCCAUCCGCACGGCAGCAAGCCCAUGGUUGGGCUUAACAUCGCUCAGGCCAGUUUCACUGGUACGUUGAAAUCUCGCCGUGAGCAAAAGCGGAUAUCCGACUUCCUCAACAAGCAAUCAUCGGGCUACGGGGCUGGUUCUAGCGGUGCCAGUUCGUUAACGCUCAUCUCCACAUCGCGGGAGCCACAGUCCGAAAGCAGUCUGCGGAAGGCACACUUCGAAAACAUCCGUGAGAUAUUCGAGAAAAACAAUAGCAAAAAUGCCGCAGCACAACAGCAGCAACUUAAUUUGAAAUCGACGAAACUGGUGGGCCACCAGAUCAACACAACGGCAGCGGCAAUGAUGGCGGCCAAUGUUGCAACGGCCAGCGAACUUGCCAGUCACGGUGGUAGUGCAUCUACGCUAGGAAUACCGAUCGAUGAUAAACCGCCGAAAAUACAAUCCUGUAGCGGUAUUCUAGGGAAGGGCAAACAAGUGAUCCGUCCGAUUGCCUUCAAACCAGUUCCUUACAAAUGUAACACACCAAAUUAUGGUGCCCCAAUCGGUGGUCGCCUGACGGAGCUUAGCGAUCGGUACGGUUCAACGCCGUCGCUUGGUCCUACAAUGAGCCUGCAGUACAAAUUCGGAAGCACCACCGAUCUGCACCAUCUGCAACAGCAGGGCAGCAGCGGAAGUAAUGGCGCAACACCGAUCGCGUCCGUGGGACCGUGCUCUAGUAACGGAUCGAUGGGAUCCACGUUCGGAACGAUUGGUGGCAGUAUGAUGAGCAACAGUUACCACCAACAUUAUCACCAUCAAUAUAAUAGUACUUUAAUGCGUAAAGGAUCAUCCAUUCCCUUCAAAACGUACGAUAGUUUAGAGUCUAUUCUGAAGCUGCCGGAUAGCAUGGUCGCGUCCUAUCCGAAUCCCAGCCACAGCCUGUACCACCAACAGGAUAUUCUCGAUAUGGCACCGUCACCAUCGGAUUCGGGCAUAUCCGAACUAGAAGCAGCAUUGCGCGAUCGCGAUUCCGAGCUAGCCUACCUUCGGCAAACAAUGGAGCACAAUGAACAAGUAAUAUUCAAAGUUCAUCAGGACAAAGAAAAACACUGGGAGCAGGAACUGAACCGAUUGAAAGCGAUCCACGAAAGCCGCUUGAGAGCUGGAGCACAAAAGGUACACAAACUCGAACAGUUGCUCAUGAUGCAAACGUUUCAGCUGCGCCAGGACAAGAAACGUCUGCAAGAGGACAACGCUCGACUGCAAACGGGCAUGGUACAAGCGAAGGAUCAAACCGAACAGCAUAAAUUAGAACUGGAACAACUGCAACACAGCGCGAAGGAGCUGAAAGACCAAAAUGGAGAUUUGUUAGAUGAAAUUCAGAUGUUGCGAAGAAUAAUUAGUGAUCUGAAGGAGCGUCUAGAAGAGAGCGAAUGGAACCUGUGCCAAAAGAAUGGCGAAGUGGCACUGAUGAAAUCUCAACUCAAGGAUGCACAGACCGAAAUAUCCACGAAAGAUCAGGAAAUAGUGCAGCUCAAAGCGGACAUGAAGCUGCAAAAUUACGACGACAUUAGCAUAAAGAAGUCGGAGAUAAAGAAGGAGCUUGAUUUCGAUCUGGAAAUUUCACAACUGAAUCGCAUUGUUAUUUUCAAAGAUCAGAUCAUUGUGCUGAUGAAUAACGAAAUACAAAAGUUACGCAAGGAACUGUCUGAUAUUUCGCUAUUGCGAGGCUAUGAAGGUGCACCGACGGGUCGGUACACGCGAUACAAAAAGAAGCUGGAGCUCGUUGCACAAAAGUUCGAGGAGUCUGAUCGUCGCAACGAUAGCAACAACAACAAUCAGCUCACAAAUAGCAAUAGCAGUAGUAACACACCAACUGAGUCUCCUUAUGUGGAGAACAUCGCAAUGAGCAAUGUGACUUCCCCGUCGACAGUGAUCUCCAGCAGUGAAAUCAUAAAGAAUUAUUUCAAUAGCAAAUCCGAGAUGAACAAGAAACUGUUCCUCAGUUCGCAGAUCUGUAACUACUCCGAUGAAGACAAGUCAAACAUAAUCGAUGCGUACGGAAGUGGUAAACAGGUCGACAUGACUGACAUCACGCUUGAUCUGAGCAGUCUGCUGCCGAGCUCGUUGACAGCAAUGGCCCAAACGCCAAUUGAGGAAAUAACGGUCACCCCUGCUGAUAGCUACCACCAACACAGCUCAUCAGACGAUGAUUACAAAUCCAUGACACCGACACAGGAAGAGCCUGAUCACGAGGAAAAACCGAAGGUUUCGGCACAAACCAUCGAAACACCGCCUCUUAAAGAAGGUAAACGCCAAACACAGAGCAGUGAUGAACUGGACCGACUCAACCGCGAACUAGAGUCCUGCCGGGAAUGUUUUGAACAAGAGAGAUCGAAAUGGGCGGAAGAAAAGGAAAAGGUCCUCAUCUACCAGCGUCAGUUGCAGAAAAAUUACGUCGAAAUGUGCAAACGUACACAGCAGCUGGAAGAGCAGCUUAAGACUAUACAACUAGAACAAGAGAUAUCGAACAAAUGCAACAUGCAUGAUGUUUGUCGUUCAGAACAGCAAAUUAGAGUUUGA